AAUCUGGCAAAAGAAAAAAAAAAGUAAAAAAAAGGAAAGCGUUGCUUGCCCACUUUGAGGUGUUUUUUCUUUGAUAGUUGACAUGCUAGAUGCUUUGCCCAAUAAAGAAAUUGGACCCAAAUCCUUUGUAUUUUAUCUCCAUAUUCCUCUUCAGUAGCUAGCUAAAUCUCUCACCGAUUCACAACAUGAGCGUGAUCGACAUUUUAACCAGAGUUGAUGUGAUCUGCAAGAAGUACGACAAGUACGACCUCGAAAAGCACAAGGAUCUCAAUGUCUCUGGCGACGAUGCCUUUGCUCGUCUCUACGCCGUUGUUGAGUCUGAUAUCGAAGCCGCUCUUCAGAAAGCAGACCUUGCUUCAAAAGAGAAAAAUAAAGCAUCUGCAGUUGCUUUGAACGCGGAGAUUCGUCGAACAAAGGCUAAAUUGCUGGAGGAGAUCCCUAAGUUGCAGAGAUUGGCCAUAAAGAAGGUUAAAGGGCUCUCAACGGAAGAGCUUGCUGCCCGUAAUGAUUUGGUCCUUGCAUUACCAGAUAGGAUUCAAGCUAUACCUGAUGGAACUGCAGCUGCUUCCAAACAAACUGGAGGCUGGGGAGCUUCAGCAUCCCGUACUGAAAUCAAAUUUGAUUCAGAUGGUCAUUUUGAUAGUGAAUACUUUCAAGAAAAUGAGACAUCUAGUCAAUUCAGGCAGGAAUAUGAAAUGCGUAGGAUGAAGCAGGAUCAAGGUUUAGAUAUGAUUUCAGAAGGUUUGGAUACUCUGAAAAACAUGGCUCAUGACAUGAAUGAGGAAUUGGAUAAGCAAGUUCCUUUGAUGGAUGAAAUUGACACAAAGGUGGAUAAAGCAACAGCUGACCUCAAAAAUACCAAUGUUAGGCUCAAGGACACUGUUAACCAGUUGAGAUCUAGCAGAAACUUCUGCAUUGAUAUUAUUUUGUUGUGCAUAAUUCUGGGAAUUGCUGCCUAUCUAUACAAACCGAUUCCUGCAAACUCUACACCUUUUGGAGCAAAGUGAGGAGGGCCCAAAUUACUGAGAGAACCUUAAGCUCUUAACUGUACAAAUAUAAAGGGUCUCUAGGGGAAUUAGAGUUGCAUGAUUUUAUUUUAUUUUUUUCAAUUACUUUUUUAUGCCAAUUCCUUUGCUUGUUAGUGUAUCUUCAUAUUUUAUUGCUCCCUGGUUUUAACCUUUCGUGAUGGAUCGACCACUAUUUGUUCUUGUUUAUUUUGAUUUGUAAU